AUGGGGUGUCACCCUAAAGUCUUGAUUAUCGGUGCCGGCAUCGGCGGCCUCCUCCUUGCAAUUCUGCUCUGGCGCGCCGGGAUCGACUAUGAAAUCUUUGAGCGAGCCGCCGAAUUCAAAUCCCUAGGUUCUGCUAUGGUGACCGGACCCAACAUCUUACCAGUCUUUGAGCAACUGGACUUGCUAGAACAGGUCGAGAAGAUUGCAAAGUCGUUGAAAUGCCUGAAUAUCUAUAACUACAGUCUAGAGAAGCUAGGCACCGUUGAGGCGAACACCAAGGAAAGAGCUGGAUGCUACUCAAUGGCGUUUGCACUGCCUCCACACAAGAUCCACAUGAGUAAAAAAGUUCUCGCCAUGCAAGAGGUUGACGAAGGUGUCAAGAUCCGCUGCAGCGACAACUCGUCGUUCGUGGGUGACAUCCUCGUUGGCGCCGAUGGGGCCUACUCGGGCGUGCGCCAGAGUCUCUAUAAGCAGCUCGCCCGUGAGAAACUGCUCCCCAAGAACGACGAAGGGGAACUCUCAAUGCGAUAUAUCUGCUUGGUAGGAACGACCGAGUUCUUGGAUCCUGAAAAGCACCCGUACUUGAUGGACGAGUUCAGUCAUUUCGAGAUUGUAUUAGCCAAGGAUUCUUCAGAGUCGAUAUUCCCGAGUGCAAGUCAAGGCGCGAUCAACGCUAUGCAGGACGCCACAAUCCUGGCCAACUGCAUCAACGAAAUCAAAUCCUUGACGGUCAAGGAUAUCUCGACAGCUUUGCAGGACUACCAGGACCAGCGUUAUCAGUUUGCCAAGACGCAGUUCGAGACUAGCAAACGCUUUGCCGUCAUCAUGUCCGGCCAGACAUGGAGUGAAGCAGUCAUUCGAAAGUUGGUCCUGAGUUACAUGCCCAAGUCCUUGAACCAGAAACGUCAGGCAAGACGUGUGCCUAUAGACCUCAAGCCAAUUUUUUAA